AUGGGCGGUGCUGAAGUAUAUUCUCGGCGUGUCCGUGUUCGUGAGCUUCUUCCUAGGCUCUACCUGGGCAAAUGGAAGCCAGGCCGUCUUAACUCCGUCACUGAUGUACCAGGCGUACUGGUACACACUGAAUCAAUUCAGCCUGACCAGGACGUCAAUACCGGCGUCACUACUGUUCUGCCACGUCAUGAUUGGUUUGAAUACUCAUGCCAUGCCGCCAUCUUCAAGUUCAAUGGCUCUGGGGAAAUGACUGGUUCCCACUGGAUUGAGGAAUCCGGUACCCUGACUUCGCCUAUCAUAUUGACAACGAAUUCCUCGAUUGGUGACGCGUUCAGAGGCGUUUACGAGUACGUCACACGUUAUCAUCCGACAGAAGAUGGAGACAUGGGCCUCUUUGCUUUCCCCGUUAUCACAGAGACCUAUGAUGGCUACCUCAACAAGCAAAGUCGAUUUGCCCUUACACCAGAUCAUGUUGUGCAAGGAAUUCUGAAAGCGAGCGCUGAUGCUGUACCUGAGGGUUCUACUGGAGGCGGCACUGGCAUGAUUUGCCACAGGUUCAAAGGAGGAACAGGGUCCAGCAGCCGCAUUGUCCCGGGCAUUGACAAGGAUGGUAUUCAUAAAGACUAUACCGUCGGUGUGCUUGUUCAAGCCAACUACGGACUCAAAGAGGAUCUCCAUAUUGGGGGUGUCCCGGUAGGCCGGUUUCUAUCGUCAGAGGAUCAAGCAGCUUUCUCAACAUUCGCUCCUGUGGCUCAAGGGCCUCACGCUGAUGGCAGCAUUAUUGUUAUUAUUGCUACUGACAUUCCUCUCAUUCCUGUCCAGCUCCAGAGACUGGCCAAGCGUGCUACCGUCGGCCUAUCACGUGUCGGUGGUUAUGGCAGCAAUGGCUCAGGUGAUAUAUUCUUGGCUUUCUCUACGGCUGCCAAGAUCCCCAUGCAGAAGUUCGAGGGGGGCCUUGACCCCUACGUGCCUCUCUCUUUGGGUGUUGAAACGAUAAACAACGAGGCAAUCAACGGUGUGUUCGAAGCAGUUGCGGACGCAACUGAGGAAGCGAUUUACAAUGCCCUUUGUAUGGCAACGACAAUGACUGGAUAUAAGGGACGUACGAUUGAGGCACUGGAUCUGGAUAGGGUCAAAGACAUCGUGAACAACAGGCUGUGA